UCCACCAAUCUUCGUCUCUUUCUCUCUCUCUCCGCGCCCCUUUCAACUUCUCUCCCCGUAUUACUGAAAGAAUAAUCCUCGCCCAAAUCUUCCCUUUUUCUGCUUCUCUCUCUGCGCCGCGCUCGCCAGGGGUGCCUAUUUUGCGAGAGGCGGUCGCAGAGAGAGAGAGAGAGAGCUCGAGCUGAGGGUCUCCUUUCUCGCCCAGCAGCGUUUUGCGGUUCUUUUUGUUCCUCGUUUCGGCAAUUCCCAUCUGCGGUAGCGUCUCCGCCAGAUCGAACGAGAGGAAAUGGAGGUGUAUAGGUUCUCCCACGGAGUGAUGGCCGCCAUUGCAGCCCUCGUCGUCGCCAUUGUGUUGCCCGCCGCCCAGGCUCAGUCCCUCGCUCCUGCGCCCGCGCCCGCCAGCGACGGAACAUCGAUUGACCAAGGAAUAGCAUAUGUGCUCAUGUUGGUGGCUCUGGUGCUGACUUACCUCAUUCACAAUGCAGACAUUUCAUCCACCUUCUAAGCCUAUGGAUCGGUGUAUUUGCGUUGGUCAUUUGGGUUUUAGUCAGGGGGUGCUUAAAAUUAGAUCAUUGGUAUGAAAAAUCUUUCUUUUCCUUCAAUCUCUUGUCAUGGAUUCUUGUGUAUGAAAGUGGUGUUCUAACUUGACAAAA